UUUCUACCCCAUUCUAACCCCUCAUUCUCCUUCUUCAGGUUCUAACUCCUCACUCUCCUUCGUCAGGUUGGUGCUGAGCCUAACAGCAAGCAACCUCGUGCUGGCCGUCGUGGUGCUGCCCGGUCUCGUCGCCUCCGUGGUGAUGGGGCCUUCAGAACCUCCCCUCCUGAAGGUGCUCCCGUCGCCCCUCGCCCACAGCAGGAACGGAACCCUCUCCCUCACGCCCUCCCCUUCGCCCGCGCCCUCAGGACUCGGUCUCCUGGGGCGCGAGGGCGGCGGGUGGGACAGCGACGUCGUCCGGAGUUUCGGCAGGAGCUGGGAGGUCAAGGGAGGUCCCGCGCGCGUGUCCUUCGGCGAGGUCGUUGAAGGAGGCCACGAGGGAGGAAUGAGGGCGGAGGGGGAGCAGGCGAUGGAGAUGGAGGUGAGGCAAGUGGAGGAGGAAGCGAGCGGGAAAGAAGGAGACGGAGAAGGAGAGGAGGAGAGGGAAACAGAGAUUAAUCGAAAAGAUACGAAGACAGAACAGGAAGGGCUAGUGGAGGGAGGUAAUCGCGACCAGGUUGCCUUGACACUCGGAGUAAACAAAAUGGAGGCCAGUAAACAAGAGAGCGAACAUGUGCGCAAGGACUCAGAACAAGGAAGAGGGAUAACGAGAUUAAAGGCCAGUGCAAGAAUACGAGGAAAACCUGUAAAUAUUAAAUUAUCAAUAAAUUAUGUAGGGGCUUUAGAGAGACCAAGUGAAGACACUCCAGAGCGACAACAAAUGACACAAAGUGAUAAAAGAGAACAGAAAACGGGGAAAGAGAAAACGGAAGAACAAAAAACGGAACAGAAAACGGGAAACGAGAAAAAACACACCAGAGACAAUUUAAAAAUGGAGGAAAACGAAAUGGAAAUAGACAUUGAGCAAGAAGCGGAAGACGAGGAAAAUAGAAGGGAGAACGUGGAAGAAGUAGAAUCAGACGAUAAACGAAGGAAAAUGAUCCAAGAGAGACUAGUAGAAGGCGAAGAAAAGUGGGAAGGUGCGGAAGUGCUGUGUCAAAGUGCUGCCUUUUUAACCAACCUCGUGACAGCAGCAUCGGCUCUCACCGUCGCUGUCAUUGCACUUGACAGGUACCUAGCUAUAGUACGGCCCAUGGUCUACGGGAUCAUGGUGACAGGCCACCGCUGCCUGCUGAUGCUCGCCUGGUGCUGGGUUCAAGCUCUUCUCACAGCGCUUCCUCCUCUUUUUGGUUGGUCUAGGUACGAACGCCACGGCCCAGAGGGACGAUGUGGAGUACAAUGGGCACGUUCCCCUUCGUAUACAGCUGUUUGGGUCACCAGCGUGUUCGUCAUACCCGUGAUUGUCAUGCUUGUGUGUUAUUACUUCAUCCUUCAGGUCGCGCGGAACAAGUGCCGGCGCAUCCACGUUGGCACUAUGAUCGGUGCCGCCGCCGCCGCCACCUCCCCCCCCGUGACCCCUGACCCCUCCUCCGUGUGCCUCGAGGUCCCCCACCUGGCGGAGGUCAAGCGGCCUUCCUCCCGUGAGAAUAACGGCGGGGCGGGAGGUCCUAGGGGCUACGAUGACCUUCUGGACGCUCCUGGUCGAGGGGGAGGAGGAGGAGGAGGGGCGGGAGGAGGAGGGGGAGGGGCAAGAGUGGGCGUGCCUUGCAGGAGCUUAAGCGUGAGCGUUGUCAAUAAGAUUGCCAACGACACCAGUCCCUCCUCUGCGGCGCCGAAACGCAAACUGGGCGAGUGUGGCAGGUCCCUCUCCUUUUGUCAGCCUCAGCAGCCCGUGAAGCCGGUUCUGCGACGCGUCCAGAGCACCCUCGCCAUGAGACCGUCUUUCAGGAAAAAGUUUAGUCUCGGUCGCCGGAAACCCUCGUGGAGUUGGGAAGCCUCGCCUGCCAAGGGUUUCAGGACCGUGUGCGUGGUGGUGGGCGCGCAUGUGUUCACGUGGGCGCCCUACUCGCUAAUGGCUGUGGCGGAGGCGGUUCUGGGCAUCGAAAGGGUGUCUAUUUUGCCUCACUGGAUUAGGGUCACCUCGACCUUACUUCUGUUCACGGCGAGCGUGUUCUACCCCAUCGUCUACGGUCUGUACAACCGCUCGAUAAGGAAGGAGGUCGUGACGUGCUUUUGCCCCAGCAGCAGCAGGGCCCGGCGGAGAGGCAGCCUCAACCCCAGGCCCUCGACGCUUAACUCGUUCACAGAAGGCAGCGUUCUUGACUUCUCUUCCUUACGUCACCGUGACAUCCUGGAGAAGCCGCUGACCCCGUGCGCCAACCCCGCCCUCCUGACGGCGCCCAUUCCGACGAUCUCAGGCUCCGUGGGCAUGGGUGGGCACGCGCCGCCCCACCUGCCGCCCAUCUUCCUCAUGACGGAUUAUGAUCACAUACCCACGCGCGGGUAUAACCUCAAUGCCAGGAAGCCUUCGCAGGAUUCGGGCGCGGUCAUGGCUUCCGGAGACGACCUCGACGCGGAGACGCCGACUCACAGCCAGAACCACCUCCACCUCCACCCACGACCCACGCGAAGGGUUUCCGCCCCCAGCGUCCUCGGCAGCGUUCGCGAAGACCCCUCGACGCCCCCGCCCUCGCCCCCUCCUCCCGCAGCCCUCACGUCGACGCCCUUGGCCCUCCAGGCGAUGGCCUGCGGCAGCAUCUCCCCCGCCGUCCACCGGAGGAAGAUGGCAAUGACGCCCCUCUCGCUGCGGGUGCUGGCUGAGGGCGCGGCGAAGGCCCCCGCGGCUCCCCUGCGGCGGGUGCGGAGUCUGGACAAGCUGCCGACGGGCGACUACGAGGCCAGGGACAAGAAGUACCUCUCGCUGCCCUACGACAGGUCCCUCUCGCGCUACAUCAGGAAGAAGCAGUCCCUCCCGCCGCUGGUGAGGGAGACGUCGCUCACGGGAGUGCCCCCCUGCGAGCGCCUGGCCCGGAGGAAGGGCUCCAUGUCCAUCCUGAAGGUGAUGGCCAUCCCCGAGGACUGCGGGGGGGCCGACCGCGCGCCGGAAGUGCCGGACUCGGGGCGGGGGAGCGUCGACAGCGGCGAGGUGGCCAAGGCGCGCGCCCAACGCCAGAUCAGCAUAGAUGAGGGGAUCGGGGCAGAGUGCCUGGUGGAAGAGGAUGCGGCCAUGGAUUAGAUUCUUGAAUAGCUACGACCGUUACGACCGUUACGACCGUUACGACCAAAGUUAGAACCCCUUUGCCAUCCUCAGGCAGGUUCGGAUAUGGUUUUUUUUUAUUUAUUACUUUAUUACAUUUAUUUAUUACUGUUUUUAUUUAUUAAUUUUCAUCGGGCUUGCAAUGAGAAUUAUUCCAUUUGUUAAUUAUUUUUUUCAUCAUGAAUAAACAGAGGAUCCAAUAAUGGAAUACCUCUAUUAAAAAAAAAA